AUGCAUUUAAUACAAAUUGAUAGGUUCACCGUGGAAUUUCCAUUCGAACCAUAUGAGUGCCAAAUUAAAUUUAUGGAAAAGGUUAUAGAAGCUUUACGGACGGGACAGAAUGCAGCGUUAGAAUCGCCGACCGGAACCGGCAAGACGCUGUGUUUACUGUGUGCUGCUAUUGCCGAUGAGAAACAAGAUAUUCGAACAUUGGAAACUGUUUCAAAGAUGAUUUUAUUGACAGGUACAUCUUCUAAAUCACUUUAUCCAAAAAUUUUUUAUGUUUCCCGAACGCACAGCCAACUAGCACAAGUAAUCCGUGAAUUAAACAAAACUACCUAUAAGGAUAUUAAGACCGUAACUUUGGCAUCUCGUGAUGUACUUUGUAUCAAUGAUAAGGUGAUGAAAGAAAAUAAUAGGCAUGUCAAAUCACUAAUGUGUAAAAAUUUGAUCAGCAAGCAUCGAUGUCCAUUUUAUAAUUUCUACGAAAGAACUGAUCCAUCAACAUUGGAUUUAUUAUAUAAUGAGCAUGGAUUAAUUCCAGAUAUCGAAGAAGUCGUCAGUAUAUCUCAGAAGCAUAAAUACUGUCCUUAUUUUUGGAAUCGUACAAUGUAUGAAAAUGCGGAUCUAAUUCUUUUGCCAUAUAAUUACGUUGUUGAUCCUUCCCUGCGACAUAAGCAUAACAUUCAAUUGAAAGGGAAUAUUGUCAUUUUCGAUGAAGCGCAUAACUUGGAAUCAAUUUGUGAAGAGUCAACAUCGGUAUCAUUUUCAACUACUCAAAUUAGUGCUUGUAUAAGGGAGGCAAAAAAAGUUUUGGAAAUGAUAAUAAAUGAUGAAGAGGAAAUUCGAACAAAAAUGGCAUGUGAUAAUAUAAUUGCAUCAUUUGAUACUGAAAUUCAGGAAACACAUGAAGUGAAAAUUGAAAAAAAUAAUAUAGCUUACUUGCUUGCGUCUUUACAUCAGUUUGAAGAUGCUGUGGAUGUUUGCAUGAAAGAUAAAGGAGAGAAAGUAAUUGGAAUUGAUGGUAAAGUUUAUCCAGGCGAAAAAAUGAUUGAAUUAUUAUCAAAAGCAGGAAUUCGAAAAGAUAUGACGGAAGCAGUAUUAUUGACUAUUGACAAAAUUGGAGAGUAUCUUACAGCAAAAGCACCAAGUGAGUCAGUUGGAGAGUUUAUCGAAAAAGGAAUUUAUCUUCAAGAAUUUUCAUCAUUCAUUUCAACUGUUUAUGCAGAUAAACACGCUUCAUUACGGAUAUUGGAUAGUUCGGUUUGUGCAAAGAGGAAUAUGGAUAGCAGCAGCGCGAAAUAUUUUCAGCUUUACGUCGUAAAGCAUGGUUCAGUAAUAACGCUGAAUUACUGGUGUUUUUCACCAUCAGUUGCAAUGUGGUAUCUUCACUCAUGUGGUGUGCAUUCUGCGAUUGUCACCAGCGGUACAUUAUCACCGUUGGAUUCAUUUGUUAACAGUCUUGGCAUAAGCUUCCCGAUAAUACUGGAAAAUCAGCAUGCCGCUAACUUGGAUCAAAUUUUGGGAGCUCGUAUUCGCUCUAGUCAAGGUGGAAUCGAUCUUUGCGGCACUUUUCACAGACGGUUUUCUUUUCAUAAUGAACUUUAA